AUGCAGGGUGUACCACACUUCGAACAUGUUCAAAGUGCCACUGCCCCAGAUAUGCGUUUUACUCAACCGCAGGCCGCCUCGUCGUUUUCCUUCCUUCCCCCUCGCGCUGUGGCUGGUGCUGCUUUCAGCAGCGUCGCUAGGAGCCAUCGCGGAACCUCCAAUGUCUCUCAACCCCCAGUUACAACAUUAGCUUCCCCCGUGAAGCGCACAACACCGGGACCGUUACCCUCGCCAAUGGCUGUGGAGUUCCUUGCACCCCAGAAGAUGCUCAGUUUUGCAGUUCAAUACCUCCUCUCCUUUCGGUUUUACUUCAUGUUCAUGGCCCGUACUACUUUCCAGGGUGUGCGUCCCCUAUUGGCCUUCAGCGUCUUUGGAGAAGUGAUGAAGAUGGUACUGGCGACCAUGAGCUCUGGACUGUUCUCCUUCCUCUUCUCGUUUGUCCUUGCCUUUGAGGUCCUGUACUUCUUCCUGCAGUGCUACAUCAGCUACACUUUCCUCACAAUGUUUUUCACAGUCAUGUUCUAA